AUGGCCCACUUCCUUCGCGGAAAGCAGGUCGGGGUCCAGAACGACAUCUCGGUCGGAAUCUCUCAGGAUGUCUUCAUGGUAGACGAUUUCGCCCGCUACGGCAUUAAUUCUCAGAUCUCUGUCCUUGCCUACGAUCCCGUCCAGUCCCUCCUCGCGGUCGGCACAAACGAAUCCCAGUUCGGUCCUGGCCUUGUCUACGUCUUCGGGCAGAAACGAGUCUGCGUGACUUUUAGACCUCCGCGGCCGUCCUCGAUCAGAGCGUUGCAAUUCUGCGCCGACAAACUCAUUGUGUUGGAUAGCAAGAACGAUGUCAGCAUCUUCAGCCUCGACACGAAACAAAUGGUGACAAACUAUGCCCCGCCUGGCCAUGUCACCGCCAUACUCUCAGACCCUAGCCUUGACUAUUGCUUUACGGCCUUGCAAAAUGGCGAGAUUGUUGCAUAUGACCUGGACCGUGAGAGUAUCACUCCGUUCAAGAUUCCCAACCUCUGGCGGGAGCGGAAUCCGAGAGCCCGCAUCCUUCCCGUUGUUUGUAUGCAGUUCCAUCCCAAGGAUAUCGGCACCCUGCUCAUUGGCUACACCGAAGGAGCCGUGGUGUACUCGUUCAAACAGAACAAGGCCACCAAGUUCUUCCAGUACGAGAUCCCUAGAGGGGCUCGAGGGGGAGACGGGGAUGCCGCUGCCACCUCCCAAGCAAGACACCCACGGCUCACGCACUGUCUCUGGCAUCCCACCGGCACGUUCAUCUUAACCGCACAUGAUGACUCGAGCUUGGUCUUCUGGGAUCCCCGCGACGGGAGAAUCAUCCAUGCCAGAACCAUCGACGACACAGACAUCAAUGUACCAGGACGACCACCGCCUCGACCAGCUUCUCGCGAUGGAGCACCGCCACCUAUCUCUGUGAAGCAGCCUUAUAUCAACAUUGCCUGGUGUUCGAAAGCGAACGCCGACGACACGGGCCUCCUGAUAGCCGGGGGCACAUCCACCACCAAUCUUGCCAGAGGACUGACUUUCAUCGACCUGGGACCAACUCCAGUCUAUCAAACAUCAACCUGGGACUCGCUCGCAAUACAUUUUCGAAACCCCAAGAGAACGCAAAUCCUUCCCACCCCACCCACUGCCGACAUAGCAACAUUCAUCCUUGUGCCCCGUUCGUCUCCUUAUUAUGCAGGCUCUCAUGAUCCCAUUGCGGUUUUGACCGUCUUGUCUUCUGGAGAAAUGCUCACACUGAGUUUCCCUUCUGGCCAUCCCAUCACGCCCACCAAUCAGCUCCACGUAUCCCUUACGUUUGUCCAUCCUUUUGUCACGAAACUUGCAUUGGCUUUUGUGGAUCGGACGAGAUGGUUAGGCAUGAGGGAGAUCCGUCAACAUGGGCCGAGUCUUCUCAUCGGCGGCGCCGAGGGCGCCCGACCUCUAAAAAGAUUCGAAAACCGAAACAUUGUCCAAGCGGCGCAUGCCGACGGGACACUACGGGUGUGGGACGCCGGGCACGGCGAUGUCAUAGAGAAUCCGGGCGUGCUUCAGGUCGACCUGGCGAGAGCAGUCGGUCGAUGGGACCAGUUGGAGGUUUCGGAAGUGAGCAUGUCAGGUGCUGCAGGAGAACUGUCGGUUGGCUUGAGAACCGGCGAAGUGGUGAUAUUUCGACUCAACCGGAAUCAGUUUGCCGGCCAACCUCCUUCGGAUGUCGUAGCUAAUGAAGGACCGGGGAAAAUGACCGAUAUCACGAGACGGGCAGAUCCAGGGUUGAAAGAGGGUCUUCUCCCACUGACCAUGACAAAUGACCAGCAGGGACCUGUGGCCGCUUUGCGGCAUUCGGACGUUGGCUUCGUGGCGGCCGGAUACGCUGGAGGAGGGGUGACUCUCAUCGAUCUUCGCGGACCGGCCAUCAUCCACACUGUGAUCCUGAACGAAUUGGUUGGCGAUAAGCAUCAUCGCAAGGGCGGUAUCAGACGAUCGACCUCAUCGACGCCAUCUACAGAAUAUGCCACGGCGAUCGAAUUUGGCAUUAUGACUCUUGAGGGCGACGACUAUUCCUCUCUCGCGGUAUAUGUGGGCACCUCGCGCGGACGAGUUGCGACAUUCAAGAUCAUCCCGUCUUCAUCCGGUCGAUAUACGGCUCAACUUGCCGGGGUGACUUCACUAUCCAACGAGCGGGUGGUGUCUAUCUCGCCCAUCGAUGCACAUACAGGGUCUCCCGCCGCGGCCACCGGCCAAGCGAUGGCGGGACUUGCCAGCGGCCGCAAAAUCGACGGCGUGUUGGUCGUCGCGACCGUGUCGUCAGCCCACAUAUUCCGGCCGGCGCAACAUUCGAAAACAACAUCAAAGUCCUUCGAGCACUACCUGUGUGAUUCGGCGAGGGUGGCGCGCUACGAAGACCGCGGAUACGCGCUGGUAGGACUGUUCGGGGACGGGAUGGCGCGGGCGUUCUCAAUCCCAUCUCUCAAAGAGGUGGCGCACGCUCGCGUCAACCAUGUUUUCGACACCAAGCGGUUCGCCGACGCCCUGAUCACGCCCACAGGUGAUGUCCUGGGCUGGGUUGGGCCCAGCGAAGUCGCAAUGGUCAACGUCUUCGGCGCCGGCUUGGCCCUCCCACAAAGUCCCGACCGUCUUUACGAUCCCGCCAAACUGGUCCCGCCGCGUCCCACCAUCAGUAAUCUACAGUGGAUCGCCGGCACCCAAUAUAUCACGCCCUCGGACAUGGACGUUUUGAUCGGCGGGCCUGAUCGGCCCCCUUCGAAGCGCAUGGUCGCUGAGAUGCGCGCCGCUCAGGAAGCAGAGUUUCAGCGCCAACGCGAGGCUGCGCGGACCGGUCGGACUGCCGCAAAAGACGACAGGGCUGGCACAAGUCAGGAAAGUUACUGGGAUUACAUGUCCCGCCAGCUCGCUGAGCGCACAGAGGCCCUCGGUCUGGCUGGCGACAAUAUGGACCGCGCCGCAGAGGCCAGCUCCUCUUGGAGCGAGGGCGUCAGUAACUUUGUCGCAAAGCAGAAACGCCAGGCUGCCCUGGGGUAUCUGGGUUCCAAAUUUGGGUUUUGA